UCAUGACGGGGGAGUUGUGAGCUUGCACCUUUGAGCAGAUCCAAUACAUGCGAUUUUCGUUGACAGCCAAGAACCAUGAAGACCAUCCUUGCCGCAUACUCGGGCGUGCUCAAAGGCACUGGCUCCAGCAUCCUCUCCUCCCUGCAGGACCUGCCCUUGGCUUUCUGGCUUUGUGGAUCCAAGAUGGAGAAACAUCUCCAGGUCAUCUCUGUGCUGCAGUGGGUGGUCACCUUCUUAGCCUUGGGGUCAGUCUGCACCGUGCUGCUAAUCUAUAUGUUCUGCACUGAUUGUUGGCUUAUCGCUGCCCUUUACACCUCCUGGCUCAUUGUUGACUGGAACACCCCAAAACAAGGUGGCAGAAGAUCUUCAUGGGUCAGAAGUUGGACAGUGUGGACGUACUUUCGAGACUAUUUUCCAAUAAGGCUAAUUAAAACCCAUAACCUGCUGCCCAACCGGAACUAUAUCUUUGGCUACCAUCCCCACGGCAUCUUCUGCUUCGGGGCUUUCUGCAACUUUGGGACAGAGGCCACAGGCUUCUCCAAGAAAUUUCCAGGCAUCAAACCCUCCCUGGCCACCUUGGCAGGAAACUUCCGAAUGCCUGUCCUACGGGACUACCUGAUGUCUGGAGGUAUCUGUCCUGUGAACAGGAACUCCAUUGACUACCUACUGUCAUGUAACGGUACAGGGAACGCUGUGAUCAUUGUUGUGGGAGGCGCAGCGGAGUCGUUACACUGUGCACCAGGCAUGAAUUCUGUCAUCCUAAAGAACCGUAAAGGCUUUGUGAGAAUGGCACUCCAGAGAGGGUCCGACUUGGUUCCAGUGUAUUCCUUUGGGGAGAAUGAUGCCUACAAGCAGGUGAUCCUCGAGGAGGGCACUUACUGGAGCGCUGUCCAGAAGAAAUUACAGAAGUUGUUAGGCUUCGCUCCGUGCCUUUUCCAUGGAUGCGGCCUCUUCUUUGGCAACUCCUGGGGCAUUGUGCCAUAUGGCAAACCGAUCACAACCAUAGUUGGGGAGCCCAUCACAGUGCCCAAAAUAGAGGACCCCUCUGAUGAGAUGGUGGAUCUUUAUCAUGCAAUGUAUGUCAAGUCCCUCCAGUGCCUGUUUGACAAGUACAAGACCCGUUUUGGUUUGAAGGAGAGUGAAAUCCUGUACAUCGAGUGAAAGAAUGAAGGGGAAACUUUAAACUUUGAGAACUGUUUAUCUUCUGACAACAAUUCCCCGAACCCCCCCCCCCCCCCUUCAGAUCUCUCAUGCCAUGCCAUCCCAGUCUAAUCUUGGUGCCUGAUUGGGAUUAUUUUUGGAUUUGAAUAUCCACACAUGAUCACAUUUGCGUCGUGUCUCCCAAGCAAACAGGCAUAGAUUAUCCUCAGGGAUUGACGGGUUUGAGAGAAUGGCAAUGUGCCUUGGAUUAACAUUGAACAUGACAUACUGAAGAAUGCCUUAACAACACAACUGCCUUUUGUGUGUGUGUAUUUACUUUUUCCUAAUGUAGACAUCCAAAUAUGUGUCUUGUAAAUGCAGAGGGGAAGGUAAGGAUUUAAAUGAUUAAUUCUCACAAAACUCUUUAAGAUUAGAUUAUAUAGUAAAAGCACAACCAAUGCAAAUUAAGUGUACCACACAAGCCCACAGAUUAAUGGGGUUACCAAAGAUGUAGAUGUGUUUCCUCACAAAUGCAUUAACAGUAUGUCUUCUUAAGGAAAGCCAAUACUUCUCCAUGGGGUUCCUGUGUUGAAAAUGCAAUACAUUUCUGCAUGUGAUUUUAGACUGCCACAAAGUAUUAAUUUCAUUCAUCAAAGAGGAAAGGAAGCCAGUCUCUUGAAUGAAUAUUUCCAAUGCACUUUCUCUCACCAAUUCUCUUCUCGAGGUUUUGUCACAAGAAUAAAAACUGCGUUUUUGAUACGAGAUGAGGAUUCUCAUUUAUUGUUCAAGUUGUAUUCAGGCUUGGAGGGGUGUGUUCUGCAGUGAAAAGUAAAGCAGCGGCUUAUAAUGUAUCUUUGAGUGCUUCGGAGGGUUUACAACGGCAGUCAAGAGAGGAUAAUGUAAAUUACUGGAUACUUGUUCUGAAGUUUGGUUUUAGGCAUAGUAGAUCACUUGGCAAACAUGCAGUGGGUGGUAAUUUAAAAAAAGGAAGGGUUAGUAUUGCAGAUUGUAUUAUAUUUGAGGGUGCCACUUAUCGUUGUUUGAGAAAAGAAAGUUGUAUGGACCGUAUGCUGCCAAUCACAAUAUUUGGGUUUGGGAUUGUCGUACUGUAAAGUUGGUUAUUCAUAUGAUUGUCAUUUGGAGAUGAAUGUCCUCUGGAUUUGCCAUUGUGAAUUGAAUAUGAAGAGCAGUGUAAUUCAUGUGCAAUAUACAGUAGCUGCAAGAAAUGCACAGCACAGAUGUGUCUGUAUGGUGUAUGACAUUUUUGCCAAACUAUAUUAAAUUAAACUUUUGUAUAUUUUCAGAAGGAACGUGUAU